UAUGAAAUAUCAGAAAAGCUACUAUGACUCGGGAGAGUUAGUCGAUGACAUGGAAGAACGUAGGCUCAAGUUAGUUUCUUAUGUGAAUGUGGAUUUAGACAUGAUACAGAAAGCCAUUAGUUACACUGUGAAAACUCGCAUGUCUGCUCAGUGGCCUUCAGUUUCUGAAUAUUUAAUAAAUGAUUCUACAUUUUCAAUUAAGUCAGAUUUUAAACCAGGAGUCGAACUAAAACUUACAGUUGUUGAUGGUAGAAUAUUGAUACAUAUCAUAGGCUUGAAUAUUCAGUUGAAACCGUUGAAAAUGGACAAAAUUGGAGUAUCAAACGAAGAAUUAUCGAAUUUUCAAUGUGAAAAAGUAUCAUCCUUAACUCUUCAGCGUGCGCCUGAAAUAUAUGUUUUACCUAAUGAAAUUCUACAGUAUGGAUAUGAGCUACAAGUACCGGAAGAAAAAGCUUUGUUUUGUGAAGCAAGAUUUGCAAAUUCAAACAAAUACAUUUAUCCUAUGGAGUUUAUCAAAGUAGCUAAGCCGGUAGUAACUCAUGUGGACGAUUCAAGAAAGAUUUGUAGAGGCUUUUCUGAAGACUUUGCAAAAGCUUUUCCAACAGUUCUUGGAAUCGAUAUAAAGGCAGAAAAAUCUCUAUCAAACCCACUAAAACGGCAGGCGACAUCAGACUUCCAAGAAUGUUCAAAAAUUAAUCGUGUAAGUGAACCAAAACAUUCAAAGCAAGCUAAAUGCAGACAGGCAAGAAUUGAUGAUUUUCUAAAACCUGCCCGAAAACGAGCCAUGAAUGGUAAAGCAGACUGUUUUAUUGAUAAUAAUCCUAUGAUUGUUGGUAGUACGAGCAAUAACUCAGACACAACGUAUCAAAAUGCAGCUAAGAAAUUUCUUACAAAGUCUAUUUUAAAAAAUUCGCAAACUGUACAAAAUAUUUCACCUAAAAUUAUAGCAAUAAGGUCAAAGCUAUUACAUGAACCAACUUCACCCUCGACAGUCAAUCCUGAGAGUGCUGCACCAUUUAUGAAUAAUAUAAUUACAGGACAAGGGAAUGACUUUCGGAGUAGACUUUUUAAAACAAGAGAAAUUAACAGCGAACUGAACAAAGAAGAGGCCAAGCCAUAUCCAAACGCAAAUGGAAUAUUUCGAAAUCUAAGAAGAAACUCUAAUUUUGUUCGUCUAAAAUUUUUUCAAGAUACAUAG